AGAGACAGGAAGUUCAAGAAAUUUCACAAUAAGUACAAAGUAAAACAUGAAAAGUUAGUUCUUUGAAGAGAAUGUCAAUAUAGAGCAACCAGACGAGACAUGGGAACUUAUAAAGCGUUUGAUAAAGAAUCACAACAAAGCAUUCUAUUGAUUGCGUCACACACACCCUAACCCGUAAUCUGUAUAUUUUGAAUGUCGUGAACCGGAAGCUGAGCGCUUUUCCAGCGAACUUCACCAGCUGGUCCAGUGAACCCCCCCUGGCAGAUGAAUCAAGGCAGCAUGGAGCGCCACAGGACGCGUCGGAGAUCCUCACCGAGGCGGCGGCCGCACGCUCACUUUGGGACUUGUUUCUAAAGUCGCCUUCAGACCUCCGCGGAGCCCUCCAACGCUUGACUUCAUCCACCAACCGGGGGUAAACUGACGGCUUGGCGCAACAAAUUCAACAGAACACUCGGGCUGACCCGCUCGCAAAAAGAAAAAAGACCGGGACCGGGAGAUGAACCGGGACCGGACAUGAAUUGGAGGUCCUUUUGGGGCACACGAGUGAACGUUUCACUUUGUUUCGUGAUAACAAAGUGGCCGCUGCUGUGCGCUGAUUAAAGAAGAAGAAGAAGGGGAGAGAGAAAAAAGAAAAGAGCCAGCCACUUGUUCCAUGUCAUAUGACAUCACAAGGACGGGUUUUAAAGAAGGGAACUGACGGAGCACAGGACACAAGGGCUCGGAACCAUGGUCAAGUUUCACAACUCGGACCUAUGGAUAGCCUGGCUGGUCAUUUUCUGCAUGGAGGGUUCAAGGUUUGACAUGCUCACUGGAAAAGAUCACCGGGCCGGCCGUCGAUCAUGAUAGCAAACGACAUCACCGAGCAGCUUGCCAAACCUCCACCGUGACCCCAAAAGAAAAGUUUGAUGGAAAAGUCUGCGUCCGUGUGAGAAUGCGAACGCGAUCGUGUGACAGCUGGUCAAGGGAAGUCACUGACUUCUCAGUCAUUUGAAAUAGUUUGACAAGACCGAUCAUGCAUACGCUGAAUAAAUGUUUUUUAGUCUUCCGGAAAGGGGAUGUCAGAUGGCAGGCCCGGAAAGAGAAAAGCAGCCUAGAUUGACGAAAAGAAAACACCAAAAGGUCUACGUACGUCAGAGGAGCUGAAGUGGCAGAGCGGUGAGCGUACAGGCGUUGGAUGUGAUGGUGUCGCAGAGCAGCAUCCAGGUAGCCCGAGGCCAAGCAGCCGUCCUGCCUUGCUCCUUCACCACCAGCGCUGCGCUCAACAACCUCAACAUCAUCUGGAUGGUGAUCCCGCUGUCCAAUGCCAACCAGCCAGAACAGGUGAUAAUCUACCAGGGCGGCCAGGUGUUCAGCCUCGCAAAUCACCUCAAUGGCCGUGUGGGCUUCGUGUCUACCAUGCCAAGUACAAGUGCCUCCAUCUUCAUCAACAACACCCAACUGUCAGACACUGGCACCUACCAGUGUCUGGUGAACAACCUCCCGGACAGAGGGGGGCGCAAUAUCGGCGUCAUUGGGCUCACUGUGCUAGUGCCCCCUUCGGUGCCAGCGUGUCGGAUCCAGGGAACGCUGGAUGUGGGCAGUGACAUCAUACUGUUUUGCAGCUCAGAUGAAGGUAUUCCAACGCCGUCCUACUCGUGGGAGAAGCUAGACGCGCUGCCCAAGCUGCCGCACAACGCCAUGCAAGACCAGAUGCUGGGCACUGUGACGCUGAGAAACAUCAGUACCGGUACCUCAGGACUCUACCAGUGCACCUCCAGCAAUGCCAUUGGCAAGAGCACAUGCCUGCUCAACCUUCAGGUCCUCGCACCUCAGCCUCAAAGUGCGGCUCUCAUAGCGGGCACCGUUGCCACUGGCUUGCUGGCACUCAUCAUCUGCUGCCUAUUAGUGGUGGUUACCCUCUACUACUGGAAGAAUAAGAACAAAUACGAAGAGGAGGAGAUCCCCAACGAAAUCAGGGAAGACGACCUCCCGCCCAAGAGGUCGUCGUCGGUGAAAGCGUUCCACGCCGACGCCUCGUCUUCCGAGAACGACACCCUGACCUCCACCAACACCUACAACAGUCGCUACUGGCACAACCCCAAACCCAACUACGACACCAACUCGUACACGCGCUAUAACGGAGACACGCGGCAGACCUUGGCCAGCGCGCUGCACGGCACCCACGGACACAGACAGUCCCAGAACCCGGGACACGGACACGCCUCGGCGGUCGCGGCGCCGGGGACGGCCCCGCUGUCUCGCCACGCUCAGCCGGCGACCACGACGACUUCCUCCUUUGCCAACGGCAGCCACACCCUCCCGCCGCCCAAGACCCUGGUGGUCACCACAAACUCCGCCCCGUCCCCUCCCGCCAUGGUGCGCAGCAACGGCUCCAUGAGCCUCAAGCCGGCGGCGACGCCCACCCGCGGGCAGCACACGCACUCCUACGCCGUGAGCCAGGCCACGCUGGAGCGGAUGGGGGCGGUGCCAGUCAUGGUGCCCGCCCAGAGCAGAGCGGGCUCGCUGGUCUGAAAAGCUGUUUUUGGGUCAUACUUUGAGAGCAGGACCUGCUUAGUUUUGGUUUGUUUGUUUUUUUUUUAAAAAAAACCCAAUGACCAAAACCAAACCGGAGAUGGGCUGAAACGCCUACUGCCCUUUAGUUUACUACAACAACUGUGUCUUUCUCUACUCUGUGUGCUGUUUUGUUUUUUUUCCUUGUUGUUGUUUUUUUUUUUUAAUUCGAAAAAACAAAAGUAGGAUUUUGCAGUGCAGAGUUCGUACAAUGCCAAUUUAUUUAUUUAAAUGAUCCUACCUUUUUAUUUGCGAGCAGAGAAGACUGGUAUUGAAUCAUCACAUUACUGGACUGCAUUGGAAGUUCCUUGGAUAAAUGCACGCGUUUUAUUUUUGACGCACCUUGCGAAAAGAAUUCAAUGACGAUCCCCAUGUUUAUGAUGCGUUAAAAAAGUGAAUGUUUCAUCGUCCGUUCGAAGCUGCGUACUUUAAGGUGAACAUGGAGUGUUCAAGAAGAGAAUGGCAGGCUUUUUAUAUGCAACAUUCUGCAUAAUAUGCGUAUAAACAUUUAAAUUGUGUUUAUGCACUUUUUCCAAAUUCAACAGCCAAUCAUCUUAAGAUCGGUCUUAUUGAUAAAUUGCUUUAUGCUGCACCCCCCCCCCCAUUUUUUUGGUCCUAAUUUGGUCUACCGCUUUAGGGAAUUAUAUUUCAUAAAUCCUUUUUAAAGAAAAGAACAUAUAGAGCUCAUGCACCUACGUCAUAAAAUCACGUGACUUUUGUUUACGUCGCCAUAUUGUUCAAUGCUAAGUCUUUGGAGACGACACGAAAAUAUGUCUGAUGCCGUUAGACAUAUAGAAAGUGAAAAUAAAUGAAGGUACGUGGAAAAAUUAGAUAAACUCGGCAUAGAGGAGCCGUGUUUAGUGCCGAAGUCGAUGUUUUCGCUGAUAAGAAAUUAGAUUGUUAACCCGCUUCCGCUUGUCUUGGACAACUAGAUCUACACGUGGACCUGGUGAGUAAAUCGUCGAGAUUUACACGGAAAAGUUUGAAAGCGUAGAAAAGUCUGGAUGCAUGCAAAUACUCCAUUGCUGGAUCUGUUCUCAAUCAGGAAUAAAUCCCACAGUGACAGGUUGACGGCUCGUGAACGCGGAAGCGUGUUCGGCCACGCGUUAACCUUUGCCGGAAUCCAUCGAUCUUUUCCGCUCGUAUUCAAUACAAAUCCCAAUAUAUAAAUAAAUGACCUCUGGUUUUAUACAAACUCAUUCAUCAACUAUGAUUGAAAAAGAAAAAAAGGACUGAGUCAUCUCCACGGAACGUACACGAAGCGAUUGCAGCCACACUUAACCUCUGCGACAGUUUUUCUUUUAAUACGCAUUGUUCUCAUUGCAUACUCUGCAUUAUAAAUACUUCUUGAGAAUUUGAGAUUGAGAUGAAUAAUUCCUACCUAAAAUGAAACGAUUGUUACACAGGCGUGCGUGUAUUUUGGUUGGGCACCAUCCAUCCCGUUAAAUUGCCGAAAUCCAUUGAUAUUUUCUGGUCUUUUCAGAUGGUGUUCUAUAGAAUGAUCUCUCAAUAUGGCGCCGUGAAAAUUACGUCACGUGCACGAGCUCCAUAUUAAAAAAUGAUCCCAUCCCCCCACCCACGCCCCUUUUGAAAAGACAAGCACCUCACUUUUUACUGUACAUAUUGUAACUACAACUGUAGGCUAGAAUCAAAGGAAACAUUUGGGUUUGACUCGUGUCUUAACAUUUUGUGGCGUCGGAGGCACAGAAAGAAAAUAUUGUGGAUUCAUUGAAAGGAUCUUUGUCCAUUUGUGGCUUUAUUUUCCUCACAAAUAUUGCCAUUUUUUUAAUUUUAUUUUGCAAGGCAGGUAAAUGCAGUCUGUUUUGUGCUCUAUAAAUCUAUAACGUGUUUAUAUUUUAACCAAACGAAGGAACUGAGCUUUGUCUUUUUUUUUUUUGGGGGGGGGUGUUAACUUCAUGCAAUGUACUAAAAUUAUAUGCCACAAUUAUUUGAAAUCUUUUUUUAUGUUUUGUAUUGCAGUUUCACAAAUAUUUUAAGAUUGGGAGGUGGGGGAAAAAAAUGCAUUUUCAUUCAUCUCUGAGGCAAUACUGCGUUGCGUUGAGCCCCUGACAACUUUUUGUGUCAUCACGUACGAAUUAGCGUAUUUACACUGGGUUGAAACUGGAUCUGAUUUGAAAUUCUGUUUAAUAUCUCAUGUGUGUGUACAGUGCGUCCACGCCGUCAUAUAUGUGCCAUUUUUCACAGAAAGGAGAAAAAAGAAAAUGACACUCAAACAGUUUGAUUUGAAGACAUGUUUAAAAGCCAGUACGGUCGAUACUGUUAUCGUGUCGACACAACGCGGACAAAAGUAUCAAGACUCUUGGCACACGUCACAUCCGAAUUUAAAAAAAAAAAAAAAUGCACAGAAGAUAUUCAUGAUUUCCCCGUCUGCAGUUUCCCGUCAGGUUCAUUAAGAUUUUCUCCAUCCUGUAAGGUUUUUGUUGUUAUCACUUAAAGGAGAACGGCUACCGUGAAAAACUCAACGGGGAAUAAACUGCAGUAGAGUCCCGGCAUUCUCGUGUCCGGGAUCCAGCGUCGACGUGUUCGAGGAAAUAAUGACCAAACCAAUUUGUAAAUAUGUCAAGAAAUCGAGCUGUUCUCACUACUGCUUUGAAAUGUCAAAUAGGAAAUUAAAAAAAAAAAAAGAUAACACUCCAGCUUGUAGAGAAUAAAAUAUUGUUGAUACAA